AAUAGAGUUUUGGAAAUGGAAUCCUUUCGACCGUAUGUUGGCCAAGUAAAAGAUGCCAAAUGUUUCUUUGUUUUAUGGCAGUAUGCAAAUGCAAAGACUAUUUCUCAAUGUUAAGUGCUAUACAAGGGAUAAAGGGGAUCUAAAAGAGAGAGAUUGGGUGCAUGGUGAGGCAUGGUGACGCCGGGCCGUUGUAUACUCCUGUAUCACAUGGCAAGUCAGGGUCCUUUUUUCUUCAUCUGCCUGCUAGCCCUGGCUGCCACCACCAAUGGGGCAAAACCAAACCAUUAUUCGAAGCCAUUUAACCGGAGCAGUUUUCCAGCAGGUUUCAGUUUUGGUGCCGGCUCAGCUGCUUACCAGAUUGAAGGAGCUGCUCUUGAAGAUGGGAAAGGGCCAAGUGUAUGGGACACUUUCGCUAGAAAAUAUCCAGAAAGAAUUGCUGAUCGAAGUACAGGAGAUGUAGCUGUUGAUUUUUAUCAUCGUUACAAGAUUGUCCAAGAAAUGCUACAGGACGACAUAAAGCUGAUGAAGAAAGUUGGUUUGGAUUCCUUCAGAUUCUCCAUUUCAUGGUCUAGGAUUUUACCCAAGGGGAAACUUUGUGGAGGAGUAAACCCACCAGGGGUCCAAUUUUAUAACAACCUCAUCGAUGAGCUUCUUGCCAAUGGUUUAAAGCCGUUUGUGACUUUACUCCAUUUUGAUCAUCCGCAAGCUCUUGAGGAUGACUAUGGAGGGUUCUUAAGUCCCAAGAUUGUGGAUGAUUAUGUUGAUUAUGCGGAUUUGUGCUUUAAAACAUUUGGUGACCCGGUCAAGCACUGGGUGACCAUGAACGAACCAAAUGGGUGGAGCCUGGGCGGUGCCAAUGGCUCUGCUGCCUCUUCUCCGGCCGAGUCCUACAUCUUGGCCCAUCACUUCCUUCUUUCCCAUGCAGCUGCUGUCAAACUCUACAGGAAGAAGUACCAGGCAUCUCAAAAGGGAAAAAUUGGAAUUACCAUAAUAACUAAUUGGUUCGUACCAAAAUCCGAGACAACUGCUGACAGCAAGGCAGCUUCCAGAGCUCUAGAUUUCCUUUUCGGAUGGUUUGUGGAUCCACUGAUAUUUGGUGAGUAUCCAAAGAGCAUGCGAUCAUUGGUAGGGAGAAGACUGCCCAAAUUCACCGAAGCAGAGUCCAAAAUGUUAAAAGGGUCCAUCGAUUUUCUUGGUGUAAAUUACUACACCGCAAAUUAUGCAGAAAAUGCUCCUCCAUCCAACACUGCCAUCGCUGCCAAUGAUAACAGAGUCAAUCUCACAACCGAAAAGAAUGGAGUUCCAAUUGGCACACCGACUGCAGUGAGCUGGCUUUUCAUUUAUCCAAAGGGCUUGCGGCAGCUUAUGCUUUACAUAAAGGAGAAAUAUAACAAUCCACCCAUUUACAUUACAGAGAAUGGGGUGGCUGAAGCAAAUAAUGCUUCAUUGACAGUAAAAGAAGCGCUCAAGGACAGCACCAGGAUAAGAUACCUUGAUGGCCACCUAAAAUCCCUUUAAAAGCAAUCAGGGAGGGUGUUAACAUCAAGGGUACUACGUGUGGGCGUUUUUGGAUGACUUCGAAUGGACUUCUGGAUACACCCUUAGGUUUGGGUUCACAUACAUUGAUUUCAAGAACAACUUGACAAGAUACCUUAAAUAUUCAGCUUAUUGUUCAA